AUGCCGUCGCAUUUAGCGGCGUCGCUUCGCUGCUUGCACGCCGCUCCUUCCGCUCCCCACCUCCCUUCCCUCCCCUCUCUUGCUUCUUCCGCAUUUCCACGUCACUCAGUGUUUCCCUUAGUGCAUCCCCGCAAUGCACGCCGCAACCCGCGCUUCUCGUCUAGGCGCCAAUCCGCGCGGGUCGUGCGCGCGAGGGCGAGCGGGGCGCUUCCAGCCGACGUGGACGCGAUAAUAGCGAGGGGGCGGGAGGCGGGCGCGUUUGUGGAACACAGCGCGUGCGUGGUGCCGGGCGCCACUGACGGCCCGUUGCGUGGGCUGACGUUUGCCGUCAAGGACAUGUACGACGUGCGUGGGGGGGCAAGGGGAAGGUGGGGGGCAAUGGUGGCGGGCGUGCCAACGGGCUUCGGCAACCCCACGUGGCUCGCCACGCAUGACGUCCCGCAGGCCACCGCCCCCGUCGUGCAGGCGCUGAUAGAAGCGGGCGCCAGCGUGGUGGGCAAGGCGGCCAUGGACGAGCUGGCAUUCUCGCUGGCGGGGGAGAACGCGCACUACGGCACACCCCUCAACCCAAAAGCUCCUCUCCGCAUCCCCGGCGGCUCCUCCUCCGGCUCUGCUGCUGCGGUGGCAGCCGGCCUAGUGGACUUUGCUCUAGGCAGUGACACAGCGGGGUCGGUGCGCAUACCGGCCAACCACUGCGGGGUGUGGGGCAUCCGCUCCUCCCACGCCCGCCUGCCCCUCACAGGCGCGCAGCCGCUGCAGCCGUCCAUGGACGCCGGUGAGAGGGGCAGCGUGCAUGUGGGUAACUGGGGCAAUUGCUCCAGUUACACACUCGCUCUUGCACAUCCUCCCUUCCCCGCCCUCUUCAUCCCCACAUUCCCUCUGACCCCCUCUGCUUCUCUCCCCCCUCACCACACCACAGUGGGCUGGUUUUCUCGCGAUGCCACUGUUCUCCAACAGGUUGGCUCCACGCUCUUCCACAGCCCCUCCCUCGCCCCCUCCUCCUCUUCCUCUUCCUCCACCUCAUCCGCCUCCUCCUCCCUCCGCCCCUUCACCGGCUGGCUGGUGGCGGAGGACGCGUUUGAGCUAGCAGACAAAGAUGCCGCCCGCGCAAUCUACGACAAGAUCGCACCACAUAUAGACGAGAUCGCAGCAGUGGUGGGCGGGCGGCCACAGGAGAUGCGGGUGGCGGGGGAUGAGGGCAGCGAGGUGGGGGGCGUGCACGAGUGGGUGGAGGCCAUGCGCGUGUUGCAGGUGAGGCGUGGGGUGGUGCAACGAGGUGCAGGUGCGGCAUGGCCCAUCCUCACACGUAUGCCCCUCCGCCUUCCCCCCCUCGCCCCUUCCCCCCCUCGCCCCUUCCCCCACUUCCCAUUCUCCCCCCCACCAGCUGGUGGACGCAUGGCAGGGCUACGCUACGGGCAGUGGAUCACAGCUCACCAACACCCCGCCUUCUGUGGCGUCCCAAAACUCAACCUCCCUUCUUCUCGCAUGUUCCUCUUCUCUCCUCUUUUCUUCCCCCCCCCACAUCCCCACAGCUGGUGGACACAUGGCAGUGCUACAGGCAGUGGAUCACGGCUCACCACCCCGCCGUCCGAGACGUCCCAAAACUCAAACUCCCUCCUCUCACGCUCCACUCCUCAUCCCCUUGUUCUCCCCCAAUCCCCCCAGUUAAUGGAGGCGUGGCAGUGCCACGGGCAGUGGGUCACGGCGCACCGCCCUGCCUUUGGCCCCGGAGUGGCGCAGCGCUUCCAGGCUGCCAACGCUGUGGACCCUCAGGGGGAGGCGGUGGCGCACGCACAGGAGAAGCGAGCCAGGUUCACAUCGCAUGUGGAGAACCUCGUUGCGGGCGGCAAACUGCUUAUGCUGCCGGCCGCCCCCAGCAUAGCGCCGCUGAAGGCCGCCCCGCCUGCUGACGUGGACUCCUUCCGCGUGCGCACCCUGGCCCUCACAGUCAUUGGCGGCGCUGCCGGCCUGCCUCAGGUGAAAACAACAGAGGGACUCAGGUGGGGAAAGCAGAGAACGAGAAGACGCAUGCAGGUGAAGGUGACGGUGCCACUGACAACGCUGAAGGGGAGUCCCCUGGGGCUGGGCCUGGUGGCGCCCAGGGGGUGGGACGAGGAGCUGCUCGCCCUUGCCGUGCGCCUGCAGACCAUCCUGGACCUUCCACUGUGA